UGCUGGGUACUUGCACUUCGACUUCGAGCUGAGGCGCCCUGCGGCGCUGACGAAGGCUGAUGUAAAUGCGCGGUUGAAGGAGUGUGCGUAUGCGGCCGUGUGGGCGCUGUAUGAGCCGCGGCCCCUGCAGGAGGAAAAGAAGGCUGUUACGACGCACGAGCUUGGCUUUGAGGGCGAGGACUGGGACUACGUGCUGGAGCGGCGGCGCGCGGAGGUGAAGGACGUGCUGGCCGUCGAGACGGCGCGGGCGUUGGGACUCGAGCGUGAGGACGUGCUGGAGGUGGAGGUCGACGCAGUGCCUCGGAGCCUCAUUGCGUUUGUCACGGUCCGUCAUCCAUCACUGCUGAGCGACCGCCAGGUGGAAGAGACGCUGGCGCGCUGCGAGUACAGGAAAUUGUGGGCGCUGUACGAGACGCGGCCACUGGAGUCGUCAGUGCUGAUGAGGCGGUUUGAGGGCGACGACUGGGACCUCGUGGUUGACAACAACCGCAGGAAGCUUGAGGACGCGUUCAGCAGGGAGACGGCCGCCGCACUGGGCGUGUCGCCGAGGCAGGUUGUGCUUCUGGACUGCAGGGUUGGCAGCCUUCUCAUGGUAUUCAAGGUGCUUGGAUGCGCCAUGAGCGACGCAGAGAUCACGGAACGGACCGAGGCGCACCCGUACGACGAGGUGUACGCACUGUACAGGCCACGCAUACGCUCCUUUGAAUGCGUCGACGCAGCAGUGCCCCGCGGCUUCAGGGCCGACGCGGAUGAAGUAUGGACGAGGAGCCGCGUGGAGUUUGAGGGCGAGGACUGGGACUACGUGCUGGCGAUGAGGGAGGCGGAUCUGCUGCGUGCGUUUUCGAACGCGACGGCCGAGGCGUUUGGAGUGGAUGAGGACCACGUGCGCGAUGUGUCGGCGAGGUACGUUGCUGGUAACUUGCACUUCGACUUCGAGCUGAGGCGCCCUGCGGCGCUGACGAAGGCUGAUGUAAAUGCGCGGUUGAAGGAGUGUGCGUAUGCGGCCGUGUGGGCGCUGUAUGAGCCGCGGCCCCUGCAGGAGGAAAAGAAGGCUGUUACGACGCACGAGCUUGGCUUUGAGGGCGAGGACUGGGACUACGUGCUGGAGCGGCGGCGCGCGGAGGUGAAGGACGUGCUGGCCGUCGAGACGGCGCGGGCGUUGGGACUCGAGCGUGAGGACGUGCUGGAGGUGGAGGUCGACGCAGUGCCUCGGAGCCUCAUUGCGUUUGUCACGGUUCGUCAUCCAUCACUGCUGAGCGACCGCCAGGUGGAAGAGACGCUGGCGCGCUGCGAGUACAGGAAAUUGUGGGCGCUGUACGAGACGCGGCCACUGGAGUCGUCAGUGCUGAUGAGGCGGUUUGAGGGCGACGACUGGGACCUCGUGGUUGACAACAACCGCAGGAAGCUUGAGGACGCGUUCAGCAGGGAGACGGCCGCCGCACUGGGCGUGUCGCCGAGGCAGGUUGUGCUUCUGGACUGCAGGGUUGGCAGCCUUCUCAUGGUAUUCAAGGUGCUUGGAUGCGCCAUGAGCGACGCAGAGAUCACGGAACGGACCGAGGCGCACCCGUACGACGAGGUGUACGCACUGUACAGGCCACGCAUACGCUCCUUUGAAUGCGUCGACGCAGCAGUGCCCCGCGGCUUCAGGGCCGACGCGGAUGAAGUAUGGACGAGGAGCCGCGUGGAGUUUGAGGGCGAGGACUGGGACUACGUGCUGGCGAUGAGGGAGGCGGAUCUGCUGCGUGCGUUUUCGAACGCGACGGCCGAGGCGUUUGGAGUGGAUGAGGACCACGUGCGCGAUGUGUCGGCGAGGUACGUUGCUGGUAACUUGCAUUUCGACUUCGAGCUGAGGCGCCCUGCGGCGCUGACGAAGGCUGAUGUAAAUGCGCGGUUGAAGGAGUGUGCGUAUGCGGCCGUGUGGGCGCUGUAUGAGCCGCGGCCCCUGCAGGAGGAAAAGAAGGCUGUUACGACGCACGAGCUUGGCUUUGAGGGCGAGGACUGGGACUACGUGCUGGAGCGGCGGCGCGCGGAGGUGAAGGACGUGCUGGCCGUCGAGACGGCGCGGGCGUUGGGACUCGAGCGUGAGGACGUGCUGGAGGUGGAGGUCGACGCAGUGCCUCGGAGCCUCAUUGCGUUUGUCACGGUCCGUCAUCCAUCACUGCUGAGCGACCGCCAGGUGGAAGAGACGCUGGCGCGCUGCGAGUACAGGAAAUUGUGGGCGCUGUACGAGACGCGGCCACUGGAGUCGUCAGGUGCCGUGAGACCCAGGUUGAUUGUUGCGGAAGAGGUUGAGGCGGAGUUGGAUUCGAUAACGUUUUUGCGUAAUGCUCUUCGUCGUGCUAGAAGGGAGCGUGACGAGUAUUUGGCUUUGCUUGAUCCGUUGCUUGGUUUGCGUGGCGAGCGGCAGAGAAUUCUUGAUUCACUUGAUGCCGCUUAG